CAUCAUCAGUCUAAUGUCAGUUCGCCCUUCAUACAAAUAGCGCUUGGGGACAGAUGGGGAAGCGCAAGGACGAGGAGAGCGACCAGGAAGAGGAGGAGGAUGCAUCUCAGGACUCGGCCGAUGACUCGGACGCUUCGGGCCUCAGCGACGACGAAGGGGAGGACGAUGAUAGCGAUGAUGACAGCGAUCUGGAAGAUGAGGAUGACCCGGAGCAGCUGCCCAACAAGCGCAAAUCAGUGAACUUGCGCGCAGACGCCAAACCACGGCCAGGCGUCGUGAAGGCGGCAGUGGCCAAAGCGGCGCCCCCAGCAGCGGCCAAGCCCGUGGCAGCGGGGGCCGUCAAGCCCCCUCUUCCCAGGCGCACCAGUAUUGGCAGCAGCGCUGGAGGGAGCAGCACAUGCGGCGGCGGCAGUAGCGCCAGUGCAUCUGCCACACCUGCCGUCACGUACGCGCCUCGCCCCGCUGUCAGCCGCAUCCGGGACGCGGAGUUGGAUGAUGAGGAUGAGGAUGGCGGGGGAGGAGGCGGCGGCGGUGCGGGAGGCAGCGGCAUCGGAGACGCGGCGGCAAAGGAGGCGGAGCUGCAGCGGCGGCGUGAGGCGAACGUCAGGGCGCUGAUGGACAACAGCCUGGAGACCACGAGACAGCCGGUCAUGUCGCGCUUCCUGCGCCUGGCCGAGAGCGACGCAGUUCUGCGCCAGCCCUUCAUCAGCCCCAUGCAGGGCGCGGCGCCCGUCAGCGACGCCCUCCGCCGCAAGCUGGUCGCCCGCCGCACCUUUGUCCCCUGGGGCAGCAGCACGCCGCUGCCGCUCCCCGUGGCCGCCGCCCCGCGCCAGCCGCCUACGCCGCCGCCGCCGCCCCUGCUGCUGGCGCCAGCGACGGAUGAGCCGCCCGCGCCGCCGCCGGAGCCGGAGCUGCCGGAGGGCAUUGAGCCGCUGGUGCUGUGGCGCCCGCCACCCGAGGCGGCCGUUGCAACCGAGGACAACGCCGCCGGCAGCAAGGCCGCCGGUGUUGGUGGCGGCUGUGUGGUUGUGGAUAACAUGCUGACGCGCUUCCUGCGGCCGCACCAGCGUGAGGGCGUGCAGUUCAUGUUCGACUGCGUCACGGGCCAGCGCCUGGAGGGCAAACACGGCUGCAUCCUAGCUGACGACAUGGGACUGGGCAAGACCCUGCAGGGUAUUACGCUGUUGUGGACGCUGCUGGGCGGCGGCCACCCGCUGCUGGGCGGGGUGCCGCUGGCCCGCCGCGCCAUCAUCGUGUGCCCCACCAGCCUGGUGUCUAACUGGGACAACGAGUGUAGCAAGUGGCUCAAGGGCCGCCUGACGACGCUGGCCAUGUGCGAGAGCAGCCGCGAGGACGUGUGCUCCUCCAUCGCCCUGUUCCUGGACUCAAGCAACACGGGGCUGCACCGGGUGCUCAUCAUCAGCUACGAGACCUUCCGCAUGCACGCUGACAAGUUUCAGGUGCCGCAUGCCUGCGACCUGCUCAUGUGCGACGAGGCUCACCGGCUGAAGAAUGACGCCACCCUGACCAACCGAGCCCUGGACAACAUGCCGUGCAAGCGCCGCGUGCUGCUGUCAGGCACGCCCAUGCAGAAUCACCUUGACGAGUUCUUCGCCAUGGUGGACUUCUGCAACCCGGGCGUGCUGGGCAGCGCGGCGGAGUUCAGGAGGAGGUACGAGGCGCCCAUCCUGGCAGGCCGCGAGCCGGACGCCACCCCCGAGCAGGUGGCUCUGGGUGAGGAGCGCUCGGCGGAGCUGAGCGGCCUGACCAACCGCUUCAUCCUGCGCCGCACCAACAAGCUGCUCAGCCAACACUUGCCGCCCAAGGUGAUCGAGGUGGUGUGCUGCCGGCUGACGGAGCUGCAGCGCGCGCUGUACAUCCACUUCCUGCAGUCCAAGGCGGCGCGGCGGGUGCUCAACGCCGGCAAGACCACCAGCGGCGUGCUGUCCGCCAUCACCUCACUCAAGAAGCUGUGCAACCACCCCAAACUCAUAUACGACGCGGUGCACAGCAAGGCGGCGGCUGCGGCGGCCGGCGAGGACGGCGAGGGCAAGAUCGAGGGCUUCGAGGGUGUGGGGGUCCUAUUCCCGCCCGGCCUGUUCGACAACGGGCGAGUGGGGCGCGGCGGCAUGGCUGCGGGCUGGGAGGCGGUGGGCGGCAAGAUGGCGGUGCUGGCGCGCAUGCUGCACGUGCUGUACACCGAGACCACGGACAGGAUCGUGCUGGUGUCCAACUACACCUCCACACUGGACCUGUUUGUGGCGCUGUGCCGCGAGCGCGGCUACCCCUUCGUGCGGCUGGACGGCACCACCACCAUCAACAAGCGCCAGAAGCUGGUCAAGGUGUUCAACGACCCGGUGGAGAAGCAGUUUGCCUUCCUGCUGUCCUCCAAGGCGGGCGGCUGCGGCCUCAACCUCAUCGGCGCCAACAGGCUGGUGCUGUUCGACCCGGACUGGAACCCCGCGAACGACGCGCAGGCGGCGGCGCGGGUGUGGCGCGACGGGCAGCGCAAGCGCGUGUUCGUGUACCGCUUCCUGUCCACCGGCUCCAUAGAGGAGAAGGUGUUCCAACGGCAGAUGAGCAAGGAGGGGCUCAAGCAGCUGGUGGGCAAGACCGGCAAGGCGGCCGCCAACGUGAUGACCAGUGAGGACCUGCGGGAGCUCUUCUCCCUCAACGCCGACAGCCCCUCAGACACCUACGAAUGCAUGUGCGGCACGACCGUCGCCGCGCCCGAGGCAGCCGCGCUGGACGUCACCGCCGCAGCGGUGCUGGACGCAGCUGCUGCAGCUGCCGCGGGAGGUGCCGCCGGAGAGGCGGCCGCCGCGGCGGCGGCGGGCCUCAUUGCCGCGGUUUGCGGGGGCGCGGGGGGAGUGGAGGCGAUUGAUCUGUGCCAUGAUGAGGGCGACGGCGUCGGUGCUGACGGCGGCGGCGGCGAUGCCGACGACGGCGGGCCUGACCUGGGUCUGGAUGACUGCUGGGGCGGCGGCGGCGAUGACCACAUGGACAUCACGGCGGCGGAGGAGGAUGGGGGAGAGGCGCGGGCGCCAGCCGCGGCGGCGGCCAGCAAGGGUGGCGGCCGCGGUUGCGGCGGCCGUGACACGGGCAUGAGCGACGGCGAGGAUGAGGACGGCGAAUACCUCGACUCUGACGACGACUGGUGCAGCGAUGAUUCAGAUGACAGCUGGGGCGGCGACCGAGGGCGCGGUGGCCGCAAGGGCAAGCGGCGCGGCAGCGGCGGCAGUGGCGGCGGGCGCGGCGGCGGCAAGGCGGCGGCUGGGAAGCAGAAGGGCCGCGGCGGCGGCGGCAAGAAGGGCGGCGGUGGAAAAGAGCGCGGCGGCAAGGGGGCUGCGCCGCCGCCGCCGCCGGUUGUUGUGCGGCGGCCGCCAGGGCCGCCCGUACACAAGCUGCAGACGGGAGAGCCGGCUGAGGAGGACUUGGCCAAUUGGGCGCACCACCCCACACCCGACACCUUGCCCGACGCCGUCAUGCGGCGAGUGGCGGCGCCCGACGUGUCCUUUAUCUUCUCCGUGUGCGUGGCCGGCAAGCACAUCGAGGGCGGCGACGAGGAAGAGGCGCGUCUGGCGGAAGGCAAGGGCGCAGCAGCCAGUGGAGCGGGGAGAGGAGGACCGGGCGGGUUGGGUCCGGCGGCCCUGGCGGGCCGCAGCAACCGGCCCAGCCGCGGCGCAGCGCCGCCGCCGAUGGCGCCAGCGGGCGCGCCGGCGGCGCCGGCGGCUGCCGCAGCCGCAGCGGCGCGGCCACUGCCGCCUGCAGCGGCUGGCACGCAGCCGCCUGCGGUGGCGGUCACGAAGCCGGCGAAUGGGGCGCCCACGGCAGCACCAGUGCCCAAGCCGCUGCCAGCGGCAGUAGCAGCACCAGCAGCGCCAAUGGCUGCAGCAGCCACCAACGCGGCUGCUGCUGCUGCUACACCCGGAGGUGUGACGACAUCUUCGGCUCCGGCGGGCGCGGGUGCGGGCGCAGGCAAGCCGCCCCCGGUGGCUCCCGCGGCGAAGCAGUCGCUCCCCGCGGUUACCGCCAGCAAGCCCACGUCGGCGCCGGCAUCAGCAGCUGCGGUCCCGGCGUCAGUAGCUGCGGCGCCAGCUUCAUCACUUGCGUUGGCAGCGUCAGCGGCUGGGAACCCUGGCGCCCACGCAUCCAGGCCACACGCCAAGCCGCCGCAGCCGCUACCAGCAAGCGGCUUGCUGGCCGCAGCAGACCGCGCCGCAGUCGCGCCUCUGCAGGGCUCAGCGGCAGUGGCAGCGCCGCCCCGCACUGCAGCCGCAGCAGCAGCAGCAUCACCAGCAGCAGCGACCGCGGCGCCAUCAGCGGCAAUGCCAGUACGGCUGCAGGGACUGGCAGGGCCCGCUGCCACCGCGGCACCGGGAGCCGUGGCGGCGGCAGGACCGCGGCCACCGGCGGCGGCGCCGCAUCUAGUGCUGAGCAAUGGCUACGCAGCAGGGGCGACGGCAGCUGCAGGCAGCGUCAAGCCCGUAGUGGCCGCACCUGCAGGACUUGCGGCACCUCCGCAGGCUGCAGUACCGACGGCAGCAGCAGGAGGGGCUGUAGCAGCGCACAGUGCACUGGGUGCUACAGCCGCCGCCAAACCCCGGCCGCCGGGCGCCGCCGCUACCACCACAGCAACGGGUCUGGCGCCGCCGCCCGGCCAUGGCGGGAGCAAGCUGGCCAAACCCAGGCCCAGCUCGACCUCCUCAACAUCCACAUCCACAUCAUCAGGGGCAGCUGUUGCAGCAGCCAAGCCGGCGCCGGCGCCGGGGCUGGGGGCCGCUGUGCAGCAACCACAAGCCGCAGCCGCGGUGCCGGCGGGGGCACCGCCGGUGCAGCGCGCAGUGGCGCCACUGGCGCCGCAGCAGCUGAACCGGCAGCAGGCGCCGCCACCAGGUACCCUGGCAGCUGGAGCUGUGCCUGGAAGCGGUAAGCCGGCGCUGGGGGUGCCGCCGACAGGCGCCCCGAGUGCGCCGCACCCUGCCGGUGCCGUGCCCAUGAUUAACGGUGGCGCCACGGCAGCGGGCGUGAAGGUGCCAGCAGCAGGAGUGCCGGCUGCGGUUGUGGCCGCGGCGGCCGCGGGCAAGGCCGCGCGGGGAUGGGAGGAAGGUCCCGGGGGAGGCGGCGCCGGUGGCGGCGGCGGGCGGAGCUCCCUGGAUGCGCCUCAGCCCAAGCGCUCGCGGCCGCCGGGGCUUUACAUGGAUGACGAUUUUAUCUGAGCUGUCGGGGCGGAACAAAUGGCUUGCGGAGCGCAUCGUGUCCUGGUGAUGAUGGUUUGCCUGAUCGUGCAUAUUUUAGGCGAGCGACUGUGAGCGGAUGGGCGCUGCAAUAAGAAGUGGGGAAUAUGGCGGCACGGGUAGCGGGCGAUGAUGCGACGUGGCAAUUACGAUAGCAGGUGGCUCUGAUUAGAGCAGGCAGGAGGCAGCAGGAUGUGCGGGGGGCUUCCCGCAGUUAGGACAGGCACGUGGCAGUGUGCGGUGACUUGGGUGUUGGGGAUGCAGGAGCAAUGCAUACUGACGGGGGUGUGUCGCAACUCGCUUGGGCGGCACAGGGCGGCUCGUUGGGUUAUCUGUGACUGGGACACUGGGUGCUACUGCGAUACGUGCGA